CUGCCUGCUGUUAGGCCUGUUAGCUAUAGUGCUAUCUCGCCGAUAACUCGCUCGUCACGAUGAGGUGACGGCGCCGCGGGCCUGAUUCGCGUAUGAUCGCGCGCGCGCGCGCGCGACUUCUUUCUUCUUUGUCGACACAGGUCUCGGAGUCAUCGUCGUCGUCGUCGUCGUACUCGUCGUGGUCGUCGUCGUCGUCGUGGUCGUCGUGGUCGUGCGUAAUUUCCGUCUCGCGCGGGUCGCAGAUGUGAGACGUGCGAGUUUUACCGGGACCGAAACGUAGAGAGCGAGAGCGAGAGCGAGAGUGAGAGAAAGAGAGGGAGAGAGCGUGCGUAAAAUGGCACAGGACACCGACGAUAUCAACCUCACGCCGCAGGAGUUGCAGACGCUGUCGGAGCUGGACAGUCGUCAGUUUGGCUUCCUCAAACUGAACUCCCCAGAGCAGACGAAGAAAAAGGCCCUGGUGGUACGUGCUAUCAAAUACCUGGAACGCAUGCUGGUUCAGGCCCAGGCGGAGAAGCAGCGCAGGAAAGCCGAUAAUACAAAAGCGUGCCUGGACGACAAGGAAAACGAGGAUGAAGCUAAGGGGAUAAGCAUCGAUCCCAAGACGUACUGCAAACUGGGACAUUUUCAUUUACUUUUAGAGGAUUACAGCAAAGCGAUGUCAGCAUAUCAGAAAUUCUACUCUUUAAAAGGCGAUUACUGGAAGGAUGCUUCGUUUCUAUAUGGGUUGGGCCUUGUUUACUUCCAUUUCAACGCCUUCCAAUGGUGAGUGCAAAUAAUUUUUUUUAAUUAUAUGCGCGUGGAGUGGUGAAUUUUAUUA